GAAGAAGAAGGAAAAAAAAAAGGAUAGAGAAGAAAGGCAGGUCGCUGCUGUUGACGGCGGGGGAGGAGAGUGAGGUCAUUAAUAGUCUGGUAAAUGCUAUCUAGUGCGAGUGGCAGCAUCUUUGGUCAGAAUUCUGCCCAACGGGCUGGAUUUGUGUCUAAGGACUGUCCCGGCUGCCUGCGUGGGGUCAACCACCUUCACACUCACAGACAAUGGCUGCAGAAGACAGGCACAGCAGAGGUAUCAUCCAUCCUGGAAGAGAAGAUCUUGGGAGCUGACACUUCUGCGGACCUGGAGGAGACAGGACGUGUACUGUCCAUUGGUGACGGUAUUGCCAGAGUAUAUGGGCUGAGGAAUGUCCAAGCAGAGGAGAUGGUGGAGUUCUCUUCUGGACUUAAGGGAAUGUCUCUGAACUUGGAGCCUGACAACGUUGGUGUUGUAGUGUUCGGUAAUGACAAACUGAUUAAGGAGGGUGACAUUGUGAAGAGGACUGGUGCCAUCGUGGAUGUUCCUGUUGGUGAAGAACUGCUUGGCCGUGUGGUGGAUGCUCUGGGAAAUGCCAUUGAUGGAAAGGGUCCUCUGGGCUCUAAGACACGUAGGCGUGUGGGUCUGAAGGCCCCCGGUAUCAUCCCCCGUAUCUCUGUGAGGGAGCCAAUGCAGACUGGAAUUAAGGCUGUGGACAGUUUGGUACCCAUUGGCAGAGGCCAGCGUGAGCUGAUCAUUGGUGACAGGCAAACCGGAAAAACUGCUAUUGCCAUUGACACAAUCAUCAACCAGAAGCGUUUUAAUGAUGGUACAGAUGAGAAAAAGAAGCUGUACUGCAUUUAUGUCGCCAUCGGACAAAAGAGGUCCACUGUGGCUCAGCUGGUGAAGAGGCUGACUGAUGCUGACGCCAUGAAGUACACCAUUGUGGUCUCUGCUACUGCUUCUGAUGCAGCUCCUCUCCAGUACUUGGCUCCCUACUCUGGCUGCUCCAUGGGAGAGUACUUCAGAGACAAUGGCAAGCACGCUCUGAUCAUCUAUGACGACCUUUCCAAACAGGCUGUUGCUUAUCGUCAGAUGUCUCUGCUGCUGCGUCGUCCUCCUGGUCGUGAGGCCUACCCCGGUGAUGUGUUUUAUCUGCACUCUCGUCUGCUGGAAAGAGCUGCCAAGAUGAACGACAACUUUGGAGGUGGUUCCCUCACUGCCCUCCCUGUAAUUGAGACCCAGGCUGGUGAUGUGUCUGCCUACAUCCCUACCAAUGUCAUCUCCAUCACAGAUGGACAGAUCUUCUUGGAGACUGAGCUGUUCUAUAAGGGUAUCCGCCCAGCUAUCAACGUAGGUCUGUCUGUGUCCCGAGUUGGCUCUGCUGCCCAGACCAGAGCCAUGAAACAGGUGGCAGGCACCAUGAAGUUGGAGCUGGCUCAGUACCGUGAGGUGGCUGCUUUUGCUCAGUUUGGCUCAGACCUGGACGCAGCGACCCAGCAGCUUCUCAACAGAGGCGUCAGGCUCACUGAACUGCUCAAACAAGGGCAGUAUUCUCCAAUGGCAAUUGAGGAGCAGGUCGCUGUCAUCUAUGCUGGGGUCAGAGGUCAUUUGGACAAAAUGGAGCCCAGCAAGAUCACAAAGUUUGAGAAGGCUUUCCUCCAGCACAUCCUCAGUCAGCAACAAGAACUGCUUUCCACAAUCAGGGCUGACGGUAAGAUCUCCGAGGCCUCAGAUGCUAAACUCAAACAGGUUGUACUGAACUUCCUGUCCAGUUUUGAGUAAUGGAUCACACUUGUUGAUCAGCGAGUUUACCUGCUGGUGACCCCAUUAUUCUUAUGUAUGUAAACACUGAAAGCCAGAAUCUCCAUGUACAGGUUUCUCAAAAUAAAAUUUUAUAACCCUGCUGCAUUGUAAAAUUCUGCUGACUGUGCACUUCAAAUUUCAUGUCUGGCUCUGUACUAUUUGAGCAGAUUUGACCAUUGAUAGUAGCGUUGACAUGCGAGAACAAUCCAUCCUUGAAAUUUGUAUUGUCACACAGCUUCAGUGUAUUAAAAUAAAACCAGCAGACACACAGCGAUGCACUUCCUAACUGUUUAACUGCUGUGAUGAGGUGUUUCAGACUUCAUAUUAAGGAUGGUGAGCAGGUGCCGCAUGUUUGACAUGGCAGGUGUCUGUUUCUUCUGAGUGCAAGUAGUUUUUCACCUGUGGUUGAAACGGAGUGACAUGUUCAGUGUGAAGGUAAUAAACAUGGUGACAUUGUCACA